CGCCCGCACCCAAGGGACCCUAGAUAAGGCCAAUUUCCCGCUAUAUUUGGCGUGAAGACAAAACCACCGCAGUCACCCGGCACUGCGGGGCCAACUGGAAAGUAAAAACACGGCCCAUUUCCCCGGCUAUCCCCGGUAUACUCCCGGACCUGGGGGCCGUGGUUACAAUUGACUGGUGCAUUAAAUUAAUCCUCUGAUAAAUAAGAGAAGAAGAAUAUAAAUACAAAACAAUCCAUGUUGACCAUCUAUCCUCACUUUCACUUUCACUUUCGUUAACAAACCAUUGGACUAGUUCAAAUGUGGUGGAUUUCUUUCAAAAUGCUUUUACGCACCCUUAUGAAAGACAUUGCAAUUAAACUAAUCUCUUUAUUUUUAGUUUGGUUUUAAACGAAAAGCGGAUUAUUAGAAUGAGGAUGUCAUAUCUCGGGCGGAUGCAGGCGUCAAACAUUGAUUUCCGCCCAAAAACUUUAGUAAAGAUUGAUUGAUAGUGAAUAAACUUGGUGUGGAUGUAACAUAUGUGAAGAGCUAGCUCGGAAUUGCGUUCGAAGGGUUGGGGUCAAGAUGAUUAGUCGGACACAAGGUGAAACUUGUUGUAUCUGAAAAAAAAAACAGAGUUGAUUAUCAUUGAAAGGACACGCCCAAACAGCUGAACCUUUGUUCGUUUUCAGGGGAAGUAUGGGGUGUAUCAAAAGCAAAGGAAAAGUUGGUCACAGAGAUAACGCAUGGCUAGAUGUUCACAACGCAUCCUUCAAUAGCAGUUUGGCAACCCCAAGAGAAGCAUUUACCAACGACAAUGAUCAGUUAAAGGCUUACGAUUCCAAGGCUCUGUUAGCACAAACCUUUGACAGAAGAAGAACAGCCAGCAAGAUCUCGAAUAAGCUCGAAGGGGGUGGGCAUCGAGUAAUUAGGAGAAGUGCAAAAGCUGAAGAUGAGUCCGAUAUACAUAGAAAUAUAAAAGAAGAGCCUGUGGACGUUUUACCACCAGGCCAAGUGGAAAAUUCACAAAGUGAAACCACGGAACAAGAGAUAAACCAGACCGAAUAUAUCAAUACCAAAACUAGCAGAAAUAAGAACGAGAACGCGAUUAAACACCAGGAAAGCAAAAGAGAAAUUAUUCGACGAAGUUUAGAAAUAAAAGUCAAACAUUUGCAUCAUAGUUAUGACAGCAAAACAUGUGGUAUUGGCUUAGAUUAUUUGAAACGAUGUAAGCAGGCUUUAGACAUAACAAUGACCAAAUGCGGUAAACAGCCCAUAUCAGUCCAUUUUGGAAACGAUAAACAACGCCGGUAUGAAGAGGUUCGGCAUAACAAAUCAAAACUUGCAACAAGGCUUUCAGAGUUGGCAUCUAAUAGACUUCGUGCUGACAACCCUGAUAUCGCAGACCUCAGUGAUAAAAACAGGGCUACCAAGCUAUCGGAACAACUUUCAGAGUUGUAUGACAAUCACUGGACUGACACUUAUGAAGAUAUUAGACAUAAAACCAAGACCAACGAAGAGGACACCAUUCAAAUUCUCGUCGAUGUAAUGCAGAUCACAUACGAUGUGUGUACGGAAUUUGCUCAGAACCAAAGGCAUAGAUUUCUUACUUAUUUGACGCUGGCGGAAACGAAUGCCACUGAAGAAAGGUAUAAGGACAUAGGACCAGACUUAAGAAUAUGCUUAUGUGAAUUCCAGAAGAAAGUUGCAGCAACAUGUCUGCCACACAUUCAAAAGUCGACAAAGUCCAAGAUAGCAAGUUCCAACAUCUUGUUACAACGCAUUGGAAGCAAAAAGGUAUUCCAGCGUGAAUCAUUUCAGUCAUACUUCGAUAAAUGCAUCGAGGUUUCAUGGUACACUCAAGUUCAAGAUCCACCGGUGGUUCUUGUUUUCGAGCCCGCAAAUGACGCCGAGGCACAGACAUUGUUUAGACAGUAUACCGCGACGGGAGUACGGCUGGAAUUUGUUGUGUGGCCCGCAAUGUUGCUCAAUCAAAAUGGGGCGUUGCUGAAAAAAGGUGUUGCUCAGUUCUCCAAGAUCUCUAGCGACGAGAUUGAAGGAAAUAAGCAACACUGAAUGGAUAUUGGAAAUUCAAUUAUUUAUAAAGCUGAUUUUGUUCAUUUUUCUCGAGCGAUAUUGGAAGAAAGAAGAU